GGAAUGGAUCUAACAAGUGGGUGGGGCCAUGUACGUACGUGCAUGUCUUUUUGUUUGGGGAAGGAUACAGACAUGCCAGCCAGUCUAUAACAGAUGUCCGAGCAAACGGUAUACGGGGGAGGAUUGGAAGAAUGAGACUAGCUAGCUAUAGAGGUGUGGAAGAUAGGAGAUGAUGUUGCCGGGUAUGUGAGAACAGUGAAGUUGGUUCAGUUAGAGAGAGAGAGCAAUCAAGUGGGCCACCAUGGUCAGUCAGUGGGACAGAUACAACCACUCAUCAACACUGCACAGAAGGGUCAACAAAGGGAUCCCUAACUCAGUGCGUGGGUCAGUGUGGAGACAUGUGCUCGAUAUUGAGAACCUACGACAAGACGGUAUCUAUGAGGCUAUGAAGGAGUUGGGCAGACGCACAUCACCUGACGUACGACAGAUUGAUCUGGACGUGUUGAGGACGUUCAGGAACCACAUUAUGUACAGGGAACGGUAUGGGAUCAAGCAGCAGGCCUUGUUCCAUGUGCUGGUGGGCUACUCCAUGUACAAUCCUAGCCUGGGCUAUUGUCAGGGGAUGAGCAGUAUUGCAGCCGUGCUACUCAUGUAUCUCAAUGAGGAGGAUGCAUUCUGGGCUCUCGUGGCUUUAAUAGGGAACAAGAAGUACGCUAUGCAUGGUCUACUGAUACCAGGGCUGCCCAAACUGUUGGCCUAUUGUGACUAUCAUGCUGACAUGAGGAAGAGGCUGUUGCCCAAACUAGACAGGCAUCUGAACAAGUAUCAUGUGAAUGCCUCAGAGUACAGUGCUGCUUGGUUUGUGAAGCUCUAUCUAGACGCUCUUCCGUUCCAGUUGGUCCUGCGUAUAUGGGAUGCCCUAUUCUUCCAGGGAGAGAGUGUCCUCGCUGCCAUGUCCCUAGUCGUACUCAAGAUGAACACUAGGCAGUUUCUUCGCGAGAGAGAGGAUGGUAUUCGUAUCUCUCUCCAGGAGCUAUCUCGUCAGUCCUUCAACGAGGAUGAGGUUAUCGCUGAGCUACAGAGUGUGACUGCCGACCUCAGCAAGUCUCGACAAGCCAUCCCACAAGUGGUGGAGCUGGUGGAACUGUCAGAGCUCAACAGACAAGCGUUGGAGAGAGCUGCUUUGAACUCUGCCUCUAGUCCACUGGAACUCAUGAUAGCUUAGUGGUGACUGGAGCUAGUCCUGAUUCUAGUGCAGAGUUGUGGGUGUGAGCCCACCCCCUCAAUCUUGUCUGUUUCUAUGGUUACACUGAUUGUUUGUAUGUCACCACACCAACUGUAUACAAGUGUGCUUCACUGUUACUGUAUGUUGUCUUGUGUAUAUAAUGUAUAUCAGAAACAAUAUUCAAUCAACUGACACAUAA